AUGUGCCCAGUCGAUAGUUUUGCAUGUGAUGGUAUCGUCUGUCUUAAUCCUCAUCAAAAAUGUGACGCUGUGGUCAAUUGCAAGGAUGGAAGUGACGAGAUAAACUGUGAUUACUGUCCAGGUUCAUUUGCAUGUGCUUUAUCGAAAACAUGCAUCCCAGAAAGUUAUGUAUGUGACGGUCUAGUUGAUUGUAAUGAUGCAUCGGAUGAGUCAAACUGCUCUCAGCUCUUUAAAACAUGUGAAGAGCUUCUCAAUGUUGGAAUUUCUGAAAGCGGAAUGAAAAUACUUGAUGGAAAGUAUAUUUAUUGUGAUUUUGAAAAGGAUGAAAUCGGAAAUCGGAUAAAAAUCACAAUGAUAUAUCAUAAUGUAGACUGGUUGCACCACAGAGGAGCUGAAUACAACUUGGAGCCACAGAAGUUCAUACGUGAUGCCCUAACAUCCUGGUAUACAUGUUCUCAAAAGUUUACACAGGAAACACGUCAGCGAAGAUAUGUUAUUAAAGAGCUUGCUAAUUUGACGUCCUGGGAAUCAAAUCAUGUAGUGUUACAAUACAAUCCUUUUGAAAGCUGUACAGAGAUUAUAAAAGCUUUCAACCUUGACGAUCCAGCAGUUCUGUGUCUGGUACGUGCACGAUUUCACCAGUUUGCACGAGGAAAUGUUGCAAUAUAUAAAGAAAAUAGUUCAGCUAAAGAGACAUCAAAUGACAUCGGAGGCAAUGCAACCACAGAUACUUUUGAGAUACAUUUCACCUCAGAAUCCGUACAGCUCAGGGUGUUUGAAUGA